UUGGGAGGAAAGUAUGUCCAAAACAGUUUAGAAUAAAUUUUCAUGCAUUUUAGUUUGAAUUACUUUUGUUCAUUGUAGUGUUUUCAUUUUGUGAGCUUUUCUAUGCACAUACAAAAUGUUUCUCCUCAGGCCCCCUUGUAUUUGCUGGUCCUAUUUUUAUGAACCACCGAGAACAGGCUCUAGCCAGACUCAGAUCCCAUCCAGCACAGCUAAAGCAUAAGCGGGACAAGCACAAAGAUGGAAGUGGAGAAAGAGGAGACAAGGAUGCAAGCAAAAUCACAACUUAUCCUCCAGGCUCUGUGCGAUUUGACUGUGAGCUGCGGGCAGUACAAGUCAGCUGUGGAUUUCACCAUUCAGUGGUUUUAAUGGAAAAUGGAGAUGUCUAUACAUUUGGAUAUGGGCAGCAUGGACAGCUGGGCCAUGGGGAUGUCAAUUCCAGGGGAUGCCCCACUCUUGUUCAAGCCUUGCCAGGCCCUAGCACACAAGUCACUGCAGGCAGCAACCACACGGCAGUCCUUCUAAUGGAUGGACAGGUCUUCACAUUUGGAAGUUUUUCUAAAGGACAGCUGGGCCGACCCAUUUUGGAUGUCCCAUAUUGGAAUGCAAAGCCAGCUCCCAUGCCUAACAUUGGAUCAAAAUAUGGAAGAAAAGCCACUUGGAUAGGUGCAAGUGGGGACCAGACUUUCUUACGAAUUGAUGAAGCACUUAUUAAUUCUCAUGUACUUGCUACAUCAGAAAUAUUUGCCAGUAAACACAUAAUAGGUCUGGUACCUGCUUCUAUAUCAGAACCUCCUCCAUUUAAAUGUCUUCUGAUAAAUAAAGUAGAUGGGAGUUGUAAAACUUUCAAUGACUCUGAACAAGAAGAUCUGCAAGGAUUUGGUGUGUGUCUUGAUCCUGUGUAUGAUGUAAUUUGGAGGUUUCGGCCAAAUACCAGAGAAUUGUGGUGUUACAAUGCAGUGGUUGCUGAUGCCCGACUUCCCUCCGUAACAGACAUGCAGUCCAGAUGUAGCAUUCUGAGUCCUGAACUUGCCCUGCCAACAGGAUCGAGGGCUCUUACCACCCGAUCGCAUGCAGCUUUGCACAUUCUAGGUUGUCUUGACACCUUGGCUGCGAUGCAAGACUUAAAAAUGGGUAUAGCAAGUACAGAAGAGGAAACUCAAGCAGUUAUGAAAGUUUAUUCCAAGGAAGAUUAUAGUGUAGUAAACAGGUUUGAAAGUCACGGAGGGGGCUGGGGCUACUCUGCCCAUUCAGUAGAAGCCAUACGUUUUAGUGCUGACACUGAUAUUUUACUUGGUGGUCUUGGUCUGUUUGGAGGUAGAGGGGAAUACACUGCUAAAAUUAAGCUAUUUGAGUUGGGUCCUGAUGGUGGAGAUCAUGAAACAGAUGGAGACCUUCUUGCAGAGACUGAUGUGUUGGCUUAUGACUGUGCUGCUAGAGAAAAAUAUGCAAUGAUGUUUGAUGAACCAGUUCUCCUGCAAGCUGGAUGGUGGUAUGUAGCAUGGGCUCGAGUGUCAGGACCCAGCAGUGACUGUGGAUCUCAUGGGCAAGCUUCCAUUACAACAGAUGAUGGGGUUGUUUUCCAGUUUAAGAGUUCAAAGAAAUCAAAUAAUGGUACAGAUGUUAAUGCUGGUCAGAUACCUCAAUUGUUGUACAGGCUUCCAACCAGUGAUGGCAGUGCAUCUAAAGGCAAACAACAAACCAGUGAACCUGUGCAUGUUUUAAAGAGAUCUUUUGCAAGAACUGUCUCAGCGGAAUGUUUUGAGUCAUUGCUGAGUAUUCUUCACUGGAGCUGGACCACCUUAGUCUUAGGAGUGGAAGAACUUAGAGGAUUAAAAGGAUUCCAGUUCACAGCUACACUUCUAGAUUUAGAGAGACUGCGCUUUGUGGGUACCUGUUGUCUACGGUUAUUGCGUGUCUAUACCUGUGAAAUUUACCCAGUAUCAGCUACAGGAAAAGCAGUUGUAGAAGAAACUAGCAAAUUAGCAGAGUGUAUUGGAAAAACCAGAACUUUGUUAAGAAAAAUCUUAUCAGAAGGAGUUGAUCACUGCAUGGUGAAGUUGGAUAAUGAUCCUCAGGGGUAUCUCAGUCAACCCUUGAGUCUCCUUGAAGCUGUCCUUCAGGAGUGUCACAAUACCUUCACUGCCUGUUUUCAUUCCUUCUACCCCACUCCUGCAUUACAGUGGGCUUGCCUUUGUGAUCUACUCAAUUGCUUGGAUCAGGAUAUCCAGGAGGCAAACUUUAAGACAUCAAGUAGCCGACUCCUUGCAGCUGUUAUGUCAGCUCUGUGUCACACUUCUGUUAAGCUGACUUCUAUUUUCCCUAUUGCAUAUGAUGGAGAAGUACUACUGCGAUCAAUUGUUAAGCAAGUUAGCACAGAGAAUGACUCGACGCUAGUUCAUCGUUUUCCCCUUUUGGUUGCACAUAUGGAAAAGCUCAGUCAGAGUGAAGAGAAUAUCUCAGGGAUGACAAGCUUCCGGGAAGUCCUAGAGAAAAUGCUGGUUAUUGUUGUGCUGCCAGUCAGGAACAGCCUGAGGAGAGAAAAUGAACUCUUCUCCUUCCACCUGGUCUCUAACACCUGUGGAUUACUGGCCAGCAUUGUCAGUGAGCUGACAGCGUCAGCCCUGGGAUCUGAGGUUGAUGGACUUAAUUCUCUUCAUUCUGUAAAAGCCAGUGCUAACCGAUUCACAAAAACAAGUCAGGGAAGAAGUUGGAACACUGGGAAUGGGUCCCCUGAUGCAAUCUGUUUUUCAGUAGACAAACCUGGAAUAGUUGUGGUUGGUUUCUCUGUCUAUGGAGGAGGUGGGAUUCAUGAAUAUGAAUUAGAGGUGUUGGUUGAUGAUAGUGAACAUGCAGGAGAUUCCACUCAUUCCCACAGAUGGACAUCUCUAGAAUUAGUCAAAGGAACUUAUACAACAGAUGAUUCACCUAGUGACAUAGCUGAAAUCAGACUGGACAAAGUUGUUCCUUUAAAGGAGAAUGUUAAAUAUGCUGUGCGCUUGAGGAACUAUGGAAGCCGUACAGCCAAUGGAGAUGGAGGAAUGACCACAGUUCAGUGCCCUGACGGUGUGACCUUUACAUUCAGCACAUGCAGCUUGAGUAGUAAUGGCACAAACCAAACCAGAGGACAGAUACCACAGAUACUCUACUAUAGGAGUGAAUUUGAUGGAGAUUUACAAUCCCAGCUUCUAAGUAAAGCCAAUGAAGAAGAUAAAAACUGUAGCAGAGCUCUCUCUGUGGUGAGCACUGUUGUUCGAGCUGCUAAAGAUCUGUUGCACAGAGCUCUUGCUGUGGAUGCUGACGACAUUCCAGAACUGCUUAGCUCUUCCAGUCUGUUUUCCAUGCUGCUCCCUCUUAUUAUAGCCUACAUAGGACCAGUGGCUGCUGCUAUUCCCAAGGUGGCUGUAGAAGUCUUUGGCCUUGUCCAACAAUUGCUUCCUUCAGUUGCUAUUUUGAAUCAGAAGUAUGCACCCCCUGCAUUCAAUCCUAAUCAGUCAACAGAUAGCACCACCGGAAACCAACCUGAACAAGGUCUUUCUGCUUGUACAACGUCUAAUCAUUAUGCUGUUAUAGAGAGCGAGCACCCAUACAAACCUGCCUGUGUGAUGCACUACAAGGUUACAUUCCCAGAAUGUGUCCGGUGGAUGACAAUUGAAUUUGAUCCUCAGUGUGGUACUGCACAGUCAGAAGAUGUCCUCCGUUUGUUGAUUCCUGUCAGAAUUUUUCAGAAUUCGGGAUAUGGACCAAAAUUAACAUCUGUUCAUGAACAUCUUAACUCAUGGAUAGAAUUAAAGAAAUUUUCAGGAUCCUCCGGGUGGCCUACCAUGGUUUUAGUGUUGCCAGGAAAUGAAGCCCUUUUUUCAUUGGAAACUUCGGAUUAUGUGAAAGAUGACAAAGCUUCCUUCUAUGGUUUCAAGUGUUUUGCUAUUGGUUAUGAAUUUAGCCCUGGACCUGAUGAGGGAGUCAUUCAGUUGGAGAAAGAAUUAGCCAAUCUUGGUGGAGUGUGUGCAGCAGCUUUGAUGAAAAAAGAUCUAGCACUUCCUAUUGGUAAUGAAUUGGAAGAAGAUCUUGAAAUUCUUGAGGAGGCUGCAUUACAGGUGUGCAAAACCCAUUCUGGUAUUCUUGGAAAGGGCUUAGCACUUUCUCAUUCACCAACUAUAUUAGAGGCACUUGAAGGUAACUUACCACUUCAAAUCCAAAGCAACGAACAAUCCUUUCUGGAUGAUUUUAUUGCUUGUGUGCCAGGAUCGAGUGGUGGAAGGCUUGCAAGGUGGCUUCAACCAGAUUCCUAUGCUGAUCCUCAGAAGACAUCAUUGAUCCUGAAUAAGGAUGAUAUUCGUUGUGGUUGGCCUACCAUCAUUACUGUUCAAACCAAAGACCAGUAUGGAGAUGUGGUUCACGUUCCUAACAUGAAGGUGGAAGUGAAAGCUGUUCCUGUUUCUCAGAAAAAAACAUCUUUACAGCAAGAGCAAGUAAAGAAAACUCAGAGGAUUCCUGGUAGUCCUGCAGUAACAACAGCAUCUUCUAAUACUGACAUGACUUUUGGCGGGCUGGCAUCACCAAAGCUGGAUGUUUCAUAUGAACCAAUGAUAGUGAAGGAGGCGCGAUAUAUUGCCAUAACAAUGAUGAAGGUUUAUGAAAAUUACUCAUUUGAAGAACUGCGUUUUGCGUCACCAACUCCUAAGAGGCCCAGUGAGAAUAUGCUGAUCCGUGUCAAUAAUGAUGGGACUUAUUGUGCAAAUUGGACUCCAGGGGCUAUAGGACUCUACACUAUUCAUGUUACCAUUGAUGGCAUUGAAAUAGAUGCUGGCCUUGAAGUAAAGGUAAAAGACCCACCAAAAGGGAUGAUUCCACCUGGAACUCAACUGGUCAAGCCAAAGACUGAACCUCAACCAAAUAAGGUUCGAAAAUUUGUGGCCAAGGACAGUGCAGGGCUCCGUAUCCGGAGCCAUCCUUCCCUUCAGAGUGAACAGAUAGGCAUAGUGAAAGUCAAUGGAACCAUCACUUUUAUUGAUGAGAUCCACAAUGAUGAUGGUGUGUGGCUGAGACUGAAUGAUGAGACAAUAAAGAAGUAUGUUCCUAACAUGAAUGGCUACACAGAAGCUUGGUGCCUGUCUUUUAAUCAACACCUUGGCAAGAGCCUUCUGGUCCCUAUUGACAAUAUCUUUAAUGCUAGCCAAGGAGUCAGGGAUUUGGACGUAUUUUCAUGGACUUCCAAAGCUUUUUUCCCCCAGGAACCUAAAACUAAUAGUGAUGACUUUUUCAAAGACAUCAAUUCCUGCUGCCAACAGGAAGCAACAGUGCAAGAGCAAGAUAUGCCAUUCUUGCGAGGAGGGCCAGGCAUGUACAAGGUAGUGAAGACGGGACCUUCAGGUCACAACAUCAGAAGCUGCCCUAACCUUAGAGGUAUCCCAAUUGGAAUGUUAGUUCUGGGAAACAAAGUCAAAGCAGUGGGAGAGGUAACCAAUUCUGAAGGUACAUGGGUGCAGCUGGAUAAGAACAGCAUGGUAGAGUUCUGUGAGAGUGAUGAAGGAGAGGCGUGGUCCUUAGCUAGAGACAGAGGCGGAAACCAGUAUCUCCGGCAUGAAGAUGAACAAGUUCUUCUGGAUCAAAAUUCUCAAACUCCUCCUCCAAGCCCUUUCUCAGUACAAGCUUUUAAUAAAGGGGCAAGUUGCAGUGCCCAAGGAUUUGAUUAUGGACUCGGAAAUAAUAAAGGUGACCAACUGAGUGCCAUACUGAAUUCCAUUCAGUCACGGCCCAAUCUCCCAGCUCCUUCCAUCUUUGAUCAAGCUGCAAAACCUCCCUCUUCCCUAGUCCACAGCCCAUUUGUGUUCGGACAGCCCCUUUCCUUCCAGCAGCCUCAGCUUCAGAGUGACCGAGGAAAUGUUUCAACAUCUUCUAGACCAGUUUCUACAUCAGGAAAAUCAGAGCUGUCCUCUAAACAUAACAGAUCACUUAAGCCUGAUGGACGCAUGAGCCGGACUCCUGCUGACCAGAAGAAGCCAAGGGGGACAGAAGCUUUGUCUGCUAGUGAAUCCCUCAUGUUAAAAUCUGAUGCUGCAAAGUUGAGGUCAGAUUCCCAUAGUAGGUCAUUGUCCCCCAACCAUAACACCUUGCAGACACUGAAGUCUGAUGGGAGGAUGUCUUCUAGCCUCAGAGCUGAAUCUCCAGGACCAGGUUCUCGGUCAUCAUCUCCCAAGCCAAAGACUCUCCCAGCCAACAGGUCUAGCCCAUCUGGUGCUAGUUCUCCACGCUCCUCCUCACCACAAGAUAAAAAUCUACCUCAAAGAAACACUACUCCUGUUAAGACAAAACUUGAUCCUCCUCGGGAACGUUCCAAAUCAGACUCUUACACACUUGAUCCAGAUACCCUCCGCAAGAAAAAAAUGCCCCUCACAGAGCCAUUAAGGGGACGAUCCACAUCACCAAAACCGAAAUCAGUACCAAAGGAUUCUAAAGACUCCCCUGGAUCUGAAAAUCGAGCUCCCUCUCCCCAUGUGGUACAGGAAAACCUUCAUAGUGAGGUGGUUGAAGUCUGCACUUCAAGUACUUUAAAAACAAAUAGUCUGAUAGAUAGCACCUGUGAUGAAAGCAGCGAAUUUAAGAGUGUGGAUGAAAGUUCUAAUAAAGUUCAUUUCAGCAUAGGAAAAGCACCACUGAAAGAUGAACAGGAAAUGAGAGCAUCCCCCAAAAUAAGUAGAAAAUGUGCUAACAGACACACCAGGCCCAAAAAAGAAAAAUCUAGUUUUCUUUUCAAAGCAGAUGGAUCCAAACCUUUAGAGCCAGCUAAGCAAGCCAUGUCCCCAUCUGUGGCUGAGUGUGCCAGAGCAGUCUUUGCGUCUUUCCUGUGGCAUGAAGGCAUAGUACAUGAUGCAAUGGCCUGUUCUUCUUUCCUAAAAUUUAAUCCUGAACUUUCCAAAGAACAUGCUCCUAUAAGGAGUAGUUUGAAUAGUCAGCAGCCCACUGAGGAAAAGGAAAUAAAAUUAAAAAAUAGGCACUCGCUGGAAAUAUCAUCUGCCCUGAAUAUGUUUAAUAUUGCACCUCAUGGACCAGAUAUAUCUAAGAUGGGUAGCAUCAACAAAAAUAAGGUGUUGUCUAUGCUUAAGGAACCACCACUGCAUGAAAAGUGUGAAGAUGGAAAAACUGAGGCCACCUUCGAAAUGUCCAUGCAGCACACAAUGAAGUCUAAGUCUCCUCUUCCCUUAACUUUACAACAUUUAGUAGCUUUUUGGGAAGAUAUCUCUUUGGCUACUAUCAAAGCUGCUUCCCAGAAUAUGAUUUUUCCAAGUCCCGGUUCCUGUGCAGUCCUUAAAAAGAAAGAAUCUGAGAAAGAGAAUAAAAAGGCCAAAAAGGAAAAAAAGAAAAAAGAAAAGGCAGAAGUUAGGCCCAGGGGCAAUUUGUUUGGUGAGAUGGCCCAACUGGCUGUAGGAGGACCAGAAAAAGAUACCAUCUGUGAGCUGUGUGGAGAAUCCCAUCCAUACCCAGUGACCUAUCACAUGCGACAAGCUCACCCAGGUUGUGGCCGUUAUGCUGGUGGACAAGGUUACAAUAGCAUUGGGCAUUUUUGUGGAGGAUGGGCUGGUAACUGUGGUGAUGGUGGCAUAGGAGGAAGCACUUGGUACCUGGUAUGUGAUCGUUGUAGAGAAAAAUACCUCCGUGAAAAACAGACUGCUGCAAGGGAGAAGGUCAAACAAUCUCGAAGAAAACCACUGCAGGUAAAGACUCCCCGUGCCUUGCCCACCAUGGAAGCUCACCAGGUGAUCAAAGCCAAUGCCCUUUUCCUGCUGUCCCUGAGCAGUGCAGCAGAACCAAGCAUUCUGUGUUACCAUCCUGCAAAGCCCUUCCAAUCGCAGCUGCCCAGCGUGAAAGAGGGCAUUUCUGAGGAUCUUCCUGUGAAAAUGCCUUGUCUCUACCUACAGACAUUAGCUAGGCAUCAUCAUGAAAAUUUUGUGGGUUAUCAAGAUGACAACCUGUUCCAGGAUGAAAUGAGGUAUCUACGCUCAACAUCUGUACCUGCCCCAUACAUUUCAGUAACUCCUGAUGCAAGUCCUAAUGUAUUUGAAGAGCCAGAGAGCAAUAUGAAGUCUAUGCCUCCAAGUUUAGAAACUAGUCCUAUAACUGAUACAGAUCUGGCAAAGAGAACUGUCUUCCAAAGGUCAUACUCAGUUGUUGCUUCUGAGUAUGACAAACAACACUCUAUUUUACCUGCACGAGUUAAAGCCAUCCCUAGAAGAAGAGUUAACAGUGGAGACACAGAAGUUGGUUCUUCCCUCUUGAGACAUCCAUCACCUGAGCUUUCCCGGCUCAUCUCAGCCCACAGUUCUCUUUCCAAAGGAGAACGAAAUUUCCAAUGGCCAGUUUUAGCUUUUGUUAUACAACACCAUGAUCUAGAAGGUCUUGAAAUAGCAAUGAAACAGGCAUUAAGGAAAUCUGCUUGUCGAGUUUUUGCUAUGGAGGUAUGAAUAUAUUCACGGAGUUACAAUUCAUGCAUCAAACACAUGUGAUGAUUCCAUUUAAUGACACCACUUUUUGUCAGAUUGCAUCAAAUGAAAAGCCAUUAGCCUAUUGAAGAUGUCACAUGCUCACAUCAAAAUUAUUUUUU